AUGUCGUCCUGGACCAGGUGGCAUGGGCCUGCCAUGGCGCGGCUCUGGGGCUUCUGCUGGCUGAUUGUGGGCUUCUGGAGGGCCGCUCUUGCCUGUCCCACAUCCUGCAAGUGCAGCGCCUCUCGGAUCUGGUGCGGCGAUCCUUCUCCUGGCAUCGUGGCAUUUCCGAGGCUGGAGUCUACCAGUGCAGAUCCCGAGAACAUCACCGAAAUUUACAUUGCAAAUCAGAAAAGAUUAGAAAUCAUCAACGAAGAUGAUCUUGAAGCUUAUGUGGGACUGAAAAACCUGACCAUUGUGGAUUCUGGAUUAAAGUCUGUGGCUCAUAAAGCAUUCCUGAAAAACAGCAACUUACAGCACAUCAAUUUUACCCGAAAUAAACUGACGAUUUUGUCUAGGAAACAUUUUCGUCACCUUGACUUGUCUGAGCUGAUCCUGGUGGGCAACCCAUUUACAUGCUCCUGUGACAUUAUGUGGAUCAAGACUCUUCAGGAGACUAGACCUAGUCCAGAAACUCAGGAUUUGUACUGUCUGGAUGAAAACAGCAAGAAUAUUUCGCUGGCAAACCUGCAGAUACCCCAUUGUGGUUUGCCAUCAGCAAAUUUGGCCGCGCCUAACCUCACUGUGGAGGAGGGAAAGUCUAUCACAUUAUCUUGUACUGUUGCAGGUGACCCAGUUCCCAAUUUGUACUGGGAUGUCGGUAAUCUGGUUUCCAAGCACAUGAAUGAAACAAGCCACACACAGGGAUCAUUAAGGAUAACUAACAUUUCAUCUGAUGACAGUGGAAAGCAAAUCUCUUGUGUGGCAGAAAAUCUUGUAGGAGAAGAUCAAGAUUCUGUCAACCUCACUGUACAUUUUGCUCCAACUAUCACAUUUCUCGAAUCUCCAACCUCAGACCACCACUGGUGCAUUCCAUUCACUGUGAAAGGCAAUCCCAAGCCAGCGCUUCAGUGGUUCUAUAACGGGGCAAUUUUGAAUGAGUCCAAAUACAUCUGUACUAAAAUCCAUGUUACCAAUCAUACGGAGUACCACGGCUGCCUCCAGCUGGAUAACCCCACUCACAUGAACAAUGGGGACUACAAGUUAGUAGCCAAGAAUGAAUAUGGGAAGGAUGAGAAACAGAUUUCUGCUCACUUCAUGGGCUGGCCUGGAAUCGAUGAUGGUGCAAACCCAAAUUAUCCUGAUGUAAUUUAUGAAGAUUACGGGACCGCAGCAAAUGACAUUGGGGACACCACGAACAAAAGUAAUGGAACCCUUCCCACAGGUGUUGUUGACACGGGUCGGGAACACCUCUCGGUCUAUGCUGUGGUGGUAAUUGCAUCUGUAGUGGGAUUUUGUCUACUGGUAAUGCUAUUUCUGCUGAAGUUGGCAAGACACUCCAAGUUUGGCAUGAAAGAUUUCUCAUGGUUUGGAUUUGGGAAAGUAAAAUCAAGACAAGGUGUUGGCCCAGCUUCAGUUAUCAGCAAUGAUGAUGACUCUGCCAGCCCCCUCCAUCACAUCUCCAAUGGGAGUAACACCCCGUCGUCUUCAGAGGGCGGCCCUGAUGCUGUCAUUAUUGGAAUGACCAAGAUUCCUGUCAUUGAAAAUCCCCAGUACUUUGGCAUUACCAACAGUCAGCUCAAGCCAGACACAUUUGUUCAGCACAUCAAGCGACACAACAUUGUCUUGAAAAGGGAGCUAGGUGAAGGAGCCUUUGGAAAAGUUUUCCUCGCAGAAUGCUAUAACCUCUGUCCUGAGCAGGACAAGAUCUUGGUGGCCGUGAAGACUCUGAAGGAUGCCAGCGACAAUGCACGCAAGGACUUCCACCGCGAGGCCGAGCUGCUGACCAACCUCCAGCAUGAGCACAUUGUCAAGUUCUAUGGUGUCUGCGUGGAGGGCGACCCGCUCAUAAUGGUCUUCGAGUACAUGAAGCACGGGGACCUCAACAAAUUCCUCAGGGCGCACGGACCAGAUGCCGUGCUGAUGGCCGAGGGCAACCCGCCGACGGAGCUGACGCAAUCGCAGAUGCUGCACAUCGCCCAGCAGAUCGCUGCAGGCAUGGUCUACCUGGCGUCGCAGCACUUCGUGCACCGGGACCUGGCCACCCGGAACUGCCUGGUGGGUGAGAACCUCCUAGUGAAGAUCGGGGACUUCGGCAUGUCCCGGGACGUGUACAGCACUGACUACUACAGGGUCGGCGGCCACACGAUGCUGCCCAUCCGCUGGAUGCCCCCGGAGAGCAUCAUGUACAGGAAGUUCACCACCGAAAGUGACGUCUGGAGCCUGGGGGUCGUGUUGUGGGAGAUCUUCACGUACGGGAAACAGCCCUGGUACCAGCUGUCGAACAACGAGGUGAUAGAGUGCAUCACUCAAGGCCGCGUCCUGCAGCGACCUCGAACGUGCCCCCAGGAAGUCUACGAGCUGAUGCUGGGGUGCUGGCAGCGAGAGCCCCAUAUGCGGAAGAACAUCAAGGGCAUCCACACCCUCCUUCAGAACUUGGCCAAGGCAUCUCCAGUCUACCUGGAUAUUCUAGGGUAG